UCUCUCUUCAUUAUUAUCUCGACCAAGGGUACUCCCUGUCUCCCUCGUCCCAAUUUAAUUACCAAUUUUCCCUUUUUUUUCCCAGUGAAAUUCAUUCAAAUGGCGAAACGGAGGCAAAGCCUCACAGCAGAGGUUCAACAGUAGAAGUAACAGCUAAAAAAUUAAUUUUUAAUGUUAUUUUACAAAUACUUAACGUUUCAGUAAUGUACAACAUUAUCUUUCACUGCCUCUGCAAUCCUUCAGAGCAAGCCCACCUGCAACGUCUUCUCUGCUGUUCAACUUUCCGAGCGUUCUCACUGUUUUGAGCAAUAUCACUCAUUUCCAGAGUGAUCAUGGCCGAUGCACUUCUUUCUGCUGUCUUCAAUGUGCUUCUGGAGAGGUUAACCCCUCACCAAGUUGACUUGAUAAACUUGAUUUGUGGAAAGAAGCUCGACCACAAGCUCCUUCAACGUUUGAAGCCAUCCCUGAUUGCUGCAAGAGCCGUGCUCAAUGAUGCUGAACUCAAACAACUCACCGAUCCUGCUGUCAAAGACUGGCUUGAUGAACUCAAAGAUGCUGCUUAUGACCUGGAAGACUUGAUGGAUGAGAUUUCCACACGAGCUGCCACUCAGAAAAAGGUGCCCUUUUUCUCCUUUGCUUCUCUUAGUUUGCGUGAUACGAGCCUGGCAAAUAAGUUAGAGGAUAUGACUGAUAGAAUUGAAAGUAUUGUGGGAAAGAAAGAUGCCCUUGAUUUGAAGAAGACAAGUGGAAAAGAAAAGACAAGUGGAAAAGAAACUUUGUCAUGGAGGCCUCCAGUUACGUCGCAUGUGAAUGUCUCUGAUGUUUAUGGAAGAGAGAAAGAAAAACAAGAUAUCAUUAAGCUUAUGUUCAAUAAUGAUGACGGUGGCCAGUUGUCUGUGAUCCCUGUCGUGGGCAUGGGCGGGCUUGGGAAGACCACCUUAGUCCAGCUAAUUUAUAAUGAUAAUGAUGUGAAGCGAAAAUUUGAUCUCACUGCUUGGGCUUGCGUUUCUGAAGCAUUUGAUCAUUUGAAAAUAGCACAGUCUAUAAUUAAAUCUAUCUGUCCUGGUUUUGUUUGUGAUAAUAUGGAUUUAAAUCUUCUUCGACAUCAUUUGGCGGAAAACUUAGAAAGAAAGAGGUUUUUAAUUGUUCUUGACGAUGUCUGGAAUGACAAAUACACUGACUGGGUUGCUUUGAAAGAUUUGUUUUACAAUGGAGUGGAAGGAUGUAAAAUUCUUGUUACAACUCGCCUAAAGCAUGUUGCUUUGAUGGUUAAAACUAUCUCGUCAAUUUAUUGUUUAAAUGUCUUGUCUGAUGAAGAUUGUUUGUCAAUUUUUGCUGCACACGCUUUCCAUUCCAGAGAUUCAACCGUGAAUUCUUACUUAGAAGAAAUCAGAAGCGAUGUUGCUAGCAAGUGUAAGGGAUUGCCUUUAGCUGCAAAAGUACUUGGGGGACUUUUCCGAUCAAAGCCUGACUUUGAAGACUGGAAUAAAAUACUGAAAGAAGCCAUGUGGGAUUCAUCGGACAGCAAUGAGAUCAUUCCAGCCUUAAAAGUUAGUUAUUAUUAUCUCCCUCCCCAUUUAAAACAAUGCUUUGCUUUUUGUUCUUUGUUCCCAGAGGAUUAUCGGUUUCGUAAGGAGGAAUUAAUCUUGAUGUGGAUGGCGGAGGGCUUUUUGCAACAGCCAAAGGGGAACAUGACUUUAGAAGAAGUUGGUUACAGGUACUUUGAUGAUUUAACUUCGAGGUCAUUUUUUCAAACCUCUCCAAAUAAUUAUGGGCUUCAGUUCGAAAAAAGAGAUGAGUUCUUCGUCAUGCAUGAUCUCAUUCAUGACUUAGCGACUCAUGUUGCUGGAGACUUUUACUUUCGGUUAGAGAAGGAUGGAAACAAAAUUGAUAAGAAGACACGCCAUUUGUCAUGCAACUACCAGAAUCAUGGAUGCUUAGACCAUGAGUUUUUCAAAAAAAUAAAAUCCUUACGAACAUUUAUAGGAUUGGGAUCUUACCAUCUCUCUCGAUUUGAUGGAAAUGCUUCUCAUAUUCUCUCAUCAAAUGUGAAGUGCUUGCGAAUGUUGUCACUUCAUGGUGUGCAUGCAUUAAAGGUAGUUCCUGAGUCUAUUGGGGAAUUCAUCCAUUUGCGCUAUUUGAAUCUAUCAAACACAAAUAUUGAAAGCUUGCCUGGGUCAAUAUGUAAGAUGUAUACUUUACAGACGUUGUGGUUGGUUAAUUGCCUUUAUCUUGAGAUGCUCCCAAAUGAGAUUCAAGAUCUUGUAAAUCUUCGCCAUUUGGAUUUGUCCUCAUCAAAAAGGAUUGUAAGUUUGCCUAACUCAUUGUGCAAAUUAUACAAUCUACAAACAUUGAAGUUAAAAGAUUGUCGGCAUCUGCAGAUGUUGCCACGUGAUACACAAGAUCUUGUAAACUUGCGGCAUCUUGAUGUUAGAAACACUGGUUUGAAAGAAAUGCCGAGGGGACUGGCCAAGUUAAAAAAUUUGCAAUUUUUGAGUGACUUUGUUGUUGGAAAAGAGCAAGGGAUCGGGAUUGGAGAAUUGGGAGAAAUGCCAAAUUUAAAGGGUGGGGUUGCAAUUAAUAAAUUAGAGAAUGUCAAGAAUGGAAACGAAGCCUGUGAAGCGAGAAUGAUGGAGAAGAAGCACAUUAAGGAUCUAAUAUUAUAUUGGUCAGAGUAUGGCGAUGUGGAAGAUACAACAACAGAGAGAGAUAUUUUGGACAAGCUUCAACCUCAUUGGGAUUUAGAAGAAUUGAAAAUAAUCAGUUAUAGGGGCACAACAUUUCCGGACUGGUUGGGGAGUCCGCGCUACCACAACGUGACUUGGUUGCAACUGUAUAAGUGCAAAAACUGUUGCAUGCUUCCCCCCCUCGGGCAGCUCCCGGCUCUAAGGAGAUUAUAUAUUGAAGGAUUAGAAAGUAUUGAGAAGAUUGGCGAAGAGUUGUUGAAGGCCAGUGAAUGUGCUCCCAUGAUACCAUUUCCAUCUCUUGAAUUUCUUCAGUUUUCACACAUGACUUCGUGGAAAGAAUGGUAUUCCAUUGACAUGGAAGCUUUCCCUAAACUCCAACAACUCAAAAUAUGGUUUUGCUGCGAAUUAGUUGGAAAUUUACCUAGCCAGUUGCUUUCUCUAAAAACCUUAGAGAUGCAAUAUUGUCCAUUGCUGGCUUCUUCUAUUCCAAGGUGUCCUGAAAUUCAGGAUUUAGUGAUAGGUGGAUGCAGAAGUGUGGGGUGGCAAGAGCAAGAGUUACCUCCUUCCCUUAGGAGGCUAGGAAUUACAGGAUGUCAGAUGUUGGAAACAAUGUUGGAGGCACUCUCUGAAACAUUUGCAUCUUCAACGAUUAAGUAUCUGGGAGUGCUCCAAUACAUCACAUCAAAUGAUUCAUUUGCCCCCAUCACUACAACGGUUAGACAUAAUCAAUUGUCAGAAUGUCAAUUUUGUGUUGAGUUCAACUGCUCCUCUACAAAAUCUCCAACAUAUAGGUAUUUACAAGGGUUGUAAUCGUGUGAAGUUUAUGUCGGAUGACAUGGAAGGUCUUCUCCCAAAUUUAAAAGAGCUACAUAUUGAUUGGUGUGCAGAGAUGGAAGCAUUUCCAGAGGGGAUCCUUGUGCCAAGUUUGAGGGAGCUUCGUAUUGAAGGGUGUGUCAAGCUAUUAUCCUAUCAAGCAGAGUGGCACCUCCUAACUAAUAUUACUUACCUUUAUAUUCGUGAUUCAAAGGUCAAGUGUUUCCCGGAGGGCUUUUCUCUUCCUGCCACUCUCACCGCUCUGGAGCUCUGCAUCUUCGAGAAAUUGGAGACGUUGGAUUGCAAAGGACUUGAGCACCUAACCUCUCUCCAACAACUCAACAUCAUGUUUUGUCCCAAGCUGGAGAAAAUGUCAGGAGAAAAUCUGCCUUCUUCUUUAAGAGAGCUUCGCAUUUGGGUUUGUCCUUUGUUGGAAGAAAAAUACCUCAAGAAGGAUGAAGAUCUUAUGCGCCGCAUAUCCCACAUCCCACUCAUCCGAUAAUUUUGAUUUAUAAAUUCCUGAUAUGAGAUACAAUUAUCCACAAGAGAUGCUCCACAUUAUUCAAUCAUAUUGAAGGUAGUGUCCAACAGAUGGGAGCUAGUUCUGAUUCAUAAAAGCAACACAUUGCUGCUGCUUCUUCACAAUGUUUAAUUUUGUUAUUAAGGUCCUUCAUACCUUUCUAAUAAGCACCAGCCAAAAAGAUAGAAGGGAUUUGCAGUCUUGAAUCUAUACCAAGAAGAAAAGCUCAAUUGAAAUCUGAUCCGGUCCAUAUCUUCAUUAAUUUUUUGAUCUUCUUGAAGUGUUCUUCUUGAUACUUGAGCAUUUUGUUAUCUUUUUCAAUGAUGUUUCAAGACCUGUAAAUUGUGUAUUGUAUUAUGAUUACUCGUUACUUAUUAAAUUCCCAGGCUUCAUUCAUGCUUGGGGAGAGGAUGUAGGAUUCAAAUUUUGAAUCCGACAUGUAAUCAA